CUGCACGGCUGCUCCCUGGCCGGCCGCACUAUCACGGUGACACAGCUGGCUGCCUCGCCGCAGGCUGCAGGCGACCUCCCCCACCGGCGCCUCCCCAGGCCCGCCCUGCAUCACAUGAGCCCCUGUGGCCACCCGCCCCUUCCCCAGGCGGCUGCAAGAAGGCCUGAAGCAGUCUGGGGGACAGAGACCUCCAGUUCAGAGGAGCCCAGGCUGACCAAGGCCUGCGUCUUUCCCUCGAGGGCCCACGAGGUUGAGAAGGGCAUUGAGCGUGAGGCUCACGAGGCUCCACACCGCUGCCCACAACGGGGCUGCCCACCUCCCACCUCAGCAGGAUUCAGAUUCCUGAACCCGCCCUCUGGCUCCAUGUCCCGGGCGUCCCCCGUGCUGGACAGUGGGCCCUCGGCAUCCACCAGCUGUUCAACACCCCGGGGUCCCAGGAAGGGCGGUCCAGCAGACAGAAAGGAGAAGGCCACCGCGAUGCCCGACUCCCCAGCUGAGGUGAAGACGCAGCCCCGGGCCACGCCCCCCAGCAUGCCACCCCCACCGCCUGUCGCAUCCCAGGGGGCCACACGACACCCCUCCUUCACACCCCACACAAAUCGAGAGGACGGGCCUGCGAUGUCUCUGCCCCAUGGCCGUUUUCAUGGCUGCUUAAAAUGGUCUAUGGUCUGUCUCUUGAUGAACGGCAGCAGCCACUCGCCCACGGCCAUCGGCGGCGCCCCGUCCACGCCCAACGGCUUCAGCAAUGGCCCGGCCACCUCGUGCACGGCCGCACUAUCCACACAGCAGCUGCCCCCAGCCUGUGGGGCCCGGCAGCUCAGCAAGCUCAAGCGCUUUCUGGCCACCCUGCAGCAGUUCGGCAGCGAUAUCUCCCCAGAGAUCGGGGAGCGUGUGCGCACGCUGGUGCUGGGGCUCGUGAACUCCACGCUGACCAUCGAGGAGUUUCACUCCAAGCUCCAGGAGGCCACCAACUUCCCACUGCGGCCAUUUGUCAUCCCUUUCCUGAAGGCUAACCUGCCCCUGCUGCAGCGGGAGCUCCUGCACUGCGCCCGCCUGGCCAAGCAGAGCCCUGCACAGUACCUGGCCCAGCAUGAGCAAGCCCUGCUGGAUGCUGACGCCUCUUCCCCUGUCGACUCCUCGGAGCUCCUGCUGGAGGUUAACGACAACGGCAAGAGGAGGACCCCCGACAGGACCAAAGAGAAUGGGUCAGACAGGGACCCACUGCACCCGGACCACCUCAGCAAACGGCCAUGCACCCUGAGCCCCGCCCAGCGCUACAGCCCCAGCAAUGGGCUGCCCCACCCGCCGCCGCCCCCACACUACCGCCUGGAGGACAUGGCCAUGGCCCACCACUUCCGGGACUCCUACCGCCACCUUGACCCCCGGGAGCUGCGGGAGCGCCAUCGGCAGCUGGCAAUGCACGGAUCCCGGCCUGAGGAAGUGAUUGACCACAGGCUCACGGAGCGCGAGUGGGCGGAAGAGUGGAAGCACCUCAAUAACCUCCUAAACUGCAUCAUGGACAUGGCCGAGAAGACGCGGCGGUCGCUGACCGUGCUGCGCCGCUGCCAGGAGGCUGACCGUGAGGAGCUCAACCACUGGAUCCGGCGCUGCAGCGACGCGGCAGAGGACAGCAAGAAGGGCCCUGGGCCGACCGCCCGGCCCCUCAGCAGCUCCACAGGCACAGAAGGUGCUCAGCUAGACGUCCACCGGGAGUUCAUGCCUCGGACCCUGUCUGGCUACAUGCCCGAGGAGAUCUGGAGAAAGGCGGAGGAGGCGGUGAACGAGGUGAAGCGGCAGGCAAUGUCAGAGCUGCAGAAAGCCGUGUCUGACGCUGAGCGCAAGGCCCACGAGCUCAUCAGCACAGAGCGGGCCAAGAUGGAGCGGGCCCUGGCCGAGGCGCGGCGGCAGGCCUCCGAGGACGCCCUCACUGUGGUCAACCAGCAGGAGGACUCCAGCGAGAGCUGCUGGAAUUGUGGGCGCAAAGCCAGCGAGACAUGCAGCGGUUGCAACGCGGCCCGCUACUGCGGCUCCUUCUGCCAGCACAAGGACUGGGAGAAGCACCACCAUGUGUGCGGACAGAGCCUGCAGGGCCCCGCGGCUGCCGUAGCCGAGCCUGUGCCCGGACAGUCCGACACUGCCACAGGCCUGGGCCCCUGCCUGCCCCCGGCCGCUGCCAGCCCCAGCGAGGCGGGCUCCACUGGGCCUUCCCGCCCUGGCUCUCCUGGCCCACCCGGCCCCCUGGACGCAGCGCCCCGCUGACCCGCCAGGACCUGAUGCCCAUCGAACUGCCCAGCCCCGCCCGGCCCGCAGGACGCGCACCCAGCCCUGGGAGCCGACCAUGGGAGUCACCGCUGCUACUGCUUCUCUCCAAAAGAAAACAGAACCAACAAGACUGCAUCCACACGACUUCCUCAGCUACCUGACGAUCACGCCUCGACCUCUUCCGAAUCCUCAGAAACCACCCGCUGAACUUGAGGCAGCGGGCGGACGCCGGCCAGAGGUGACCGGCUCGUCCACACCCACCUCUCCCUCCCUGUCUUGCUCUCUGUCUUGUUUUUCUCUCUUUAUGACUUUCACAUACUUUCUCUUCGAUGAAAAAAUAGAAUUGUUUGGUGGCUUAUAUUUUCAUUGAAGAAUUUUGGGGGACUUUGUGGCAAGAGAGCUACUCAGAAAUGGACAAAGAAAACUGAGGUUUUCUCCCCUUGCCUGAUUCAAAAGGCAAAAGGAAAACUGUUCUUUCAUAGCCGGAGAUCCGAGCCGCCAGUUCAUGGAAACCGCCCUAGGGGUGUGUGGCCAAUGCGGUGAGGCUGGUGAGAAAGAUGUCAGACUCAAGUCGUAAUUUUUCAUUUUCAGAAUUUUUUCUCCUUUAAUGUCAAAUUCUUUGGCUUUAAGUAGAAAUCCAAAAAGUUUUUUAAAAAAAAGAAAAAAAAAGGUAAAGGAAGCAUGCUGCAGUCCAUGGGGUCGCAAAGAGUCGGACACGACUGAGCGACGGAAAUGAACUGAACUGAAAGGAAGCAUACCUGUAAACUACCUUGCCAGCUAGCUAGCCAAGGACGCCGGACACACCUCUGCUCCAAAGGAAAUCCAAAAAACAUACACAAGAAGUCAAAAUCCAAAAUUUUGUUGUCACUGCCAAAGGAUGUUUUUCACUGUUUUCCUCCACGCCUGGGCUUGUUCCAAUGUCCGUCUUUUCUCUUGCUUUGAUUCUGUUUGGGGGGCGAUGGGGUAUUGGGGUUUGGAGUGUUUUGUCCAACAGGAAGCAACUUCUUUCUUUUCAACUCCAUGGCAGCGCCUCCCCUGGGGCCGGGUGGGGUGGGCAGUGAGGCCCUCGGCACCCACACGUGUGUGCAAGUGUGUGUGUGCAUGUGCGCUGGGACACACCCAGCAUGCAUCUGCACACACGCAGGAAGGGUAUCUUGUCCGUCCUCACACCCUCUGUGAAUUUCCAUCACAUUUCAUCCUUUCCACUUGUGAAAAAAGUGCUAAUGUGUCCUUCCGAGAGAGAAUAUAAUUCCGAGACAAAACUGUGACAAUCUUUCGGGUUGAUUCUCGACUGCUUUUCUGAGCACGAGGAGACAGCCACCACGCCUUCCGCUGCUGCUUCUCCUCGUCCUCCUCUACCUCUGCCGCCCGCUACACGAGCCUGCCGCCCAGCUCGUCUCUCCGUCCCAGCCCCCGUGUUUCCUGCAGCCCCUCUCCUGUCGUCACACUUUUGCAGAAAAAGGAAAAAAAAAAAACCCACAAAGAAAAGCAAUUUGCCCUCCCUGCACCUUCUGGAGACUUGACCAGCUGUAUAUAACCCUGCAUUUUUGUCCAGCUCUUCCUCAGGGGAUGGUCUCUCUGAAGUCCCCACCCCACGCCUCACCCUGACCCCCAUCCCACUCGCUCCCCCAGCGAUCUCAAGGAGGAAAUAAAGGAAUAAGGAAAUUCUGAUCUGUACUCAGUGGGAGAACAAACAGCAGACACAGUCUCUGAUCGGGGUUUUACUGCAUGGCUGUAAGAAGUUCCAGGACUGGAGUGCAAUAGUGACCAGCUACUGAAACCCAGAGCCCAGGGGCCUGCCGAGAGGCAAGAAGUCAAUGGUAUAUGAUAAUGUGAAUGUAUAUAGUCCUUGCAGAGGUCCAAAUGAUGAUAUUCAUGAUGAUGAUAAUAAAGAAGAGAUGUUUGCCAAAUAAAAAAUUAAGAGAAACCAUGGAGGUAUGUAAAGCAUAGGAACUAGGUUUUCAGAGAAAUCCGAACUGUGGUCCUCCAGGCAGCAAUGUGUGUGUUGAUCAUUGUUACUUUCCAGAGUUGUGAGAACUUAUCCUUUGAGUACUGAGAGGAAGGACUCCAUCCGGUCACCACAGACGAGGUGCUGUUCAAACCCCACCUGGCAGGAGUCCUAACUCUGACCGCCCAGCUAGACCUCUCACCCUCCAGAAAGCCUGUGGGCUGCGCAGGGCUGCCAGCCUCUCAGAGGCUCACUUCUGUGGGUUUCAGAAGAGCAGGGGCCACGUGGGAUUCAACCUUUCAUGAGGCACCUGUCACACGUGCAGUCUGCUCUCUUAUAAGCGCUGAACCUGUUGGAAUGGCAGUUUUGCACAUGCUAUGAUGUAGGCCCACCUCCCCUUGGCCUCUGUUCCUAUGAGGUUGCUGGUAGGCGGGCGUGGGUGGUGCCCAGGGCAGCCCGGGGUCUGGGGUGGGGGGAGUGGUUCAAGGCCCUGAUGUCAGGACUACUGCAGCCCCGCGGGUGGGCUUGGCUGGCCUCUGCUCCUCUUCAAGGACAGGCGGGCACACCAGGGGUGGUAGCAUAUUGGCCAGCUGGUGGCGUCAGUCCAGACCAGCCUGCAGGGCCAGACCACAGGCUGAGGGUCUGAGGUGGGGCAGUCCCUCCCACCCCAGUUGUUGGGAAGAGGUCGCUGCAAGCCCCCUGGGAAAAGCUGUCUUCCUGGUGUGACCCUCCACACCUGUAUCUCAUUCACCAAGACCUGCCGCUGGCUGGGCCUGCAGAAGCCUCAAGUGAGGGGCCGGCCACAGACCGACAGACAGAGCCCCUGCUGGCAGAGAGUGUCCACAGGGUCAGAGGGUGGUGGCCGGGUGGGCAGCACAGUCGAAGGCUGAGGCCCAGAGUGGGAGGGAGGGGGCGUCCCCGUGGGCGCCAUGUCAGCAGAUCCCAAAGGUGCGGGCCGGGUCACACGAGGCAGGCCUCCUCCGUGCCCUGGGAGCCUGUUUCUGUUAGUCACUGCAUUCAGGCCCUGCUUGAAGAGGCAAACUCAGAAUGAGUAGCCCUGGUGGGAAGGGGACUGGGGGUCUGUGUUUUCCUGCAGUUUGCAUCUGCAGCAGCUGCCUUUCUUAAGCAAAGAGGACAUCUGGACAGAAGGGGUCCCACCUCUUCUCUCUGCCCCGAGGCUGUCCUGCCCCUGGGCUCUCUGGUGGUUGGUGCAUGUGUGGGGAUCCCCUCCCAGGAGGCCCAGGUUCGACACGCUGGUGACCCCAAAGCUCUGUUAGAUGUGGCUGCUGGCAGAGCCUCCCUCCCCGCAAGUCAGGCCGAAACAGCAGCUUUACCCCCAUUCUGAGGCCAAAGUAAGGAUAGGAGGGCAGAGAGAGGUGGGCGGCAGCCACAGCUGCCAGCCCACCAGGCCACACCAGGGAGGAUGGAAAGACCAGGGUGGCAGAUGCUGGCCCGGGCCCCCUGACUCCCGUGGAAAGCCCCUGGUGUGAGGCCCUUUGACCUUGCCCACCCACUGUGCUCUCUGGCUGUUCUCCUAGGAUGUGUCACUGUCCCCACGUAGUGUCUGGGGGUAUUCUGUUGGCAAAGACCAGUGCCCCCCAUUCCCUGUGUGGACAGGCUGGCACAUCCCAGACCCUGUCAGAAUUAGGAGGCUUCCUAUCCUUAUGGCCCACCAGGACCAAAGGAAAGCCUUGGGUACUACAGGGCAGAGAGAGCUGGAGAAAGCCUCAGGGCCAGGAGGGUACGGGCUGUAGGACGGAGGAGCCGGCCUUCUGGGAAGGGGCCGGGAGAGGGGCCUUCCUCCUGGUUUCAUCCCAAUGACACUGUGGAGAGAGGUCAGGACCGGCCCUGACUCCCUCCUGUUCGCCAGUUCUUCCAAAUACAUCCUCAAAAGGACACCAGAGUCCACCCACCUUGCCUGACCCAGUUCUAUAGCACAUGUGUCUGCCCAUUGUUUUGCCCAUCUCUUCAGGCUAUCUGUAAAUUAUCUAUUGAUUCUUUUAUCAGUUCAUCCUUCUGACCAAUCUGGUCACCUCUCUGGCCAUCCAGUCUCUCACUCAUCCGUCCAUCCAUCUGUCCGUCUGUCCAUUACUCUGUCACCUAGUCCCCCAUUCAUCCUUCUACCAUCCGCCCGUCUGCAUGCCAUGCAUGUGUCUCCAUCUAACCCACACAACCAUGGCUCAGCCCAUCCCCAGCCAGGACCCAGUGUAGCACCAACACCCUCAGUGACCCAAAGCCACCUUGGCCAUCCCCUCCCAGUGCCCCUCCCAUGAAUCCAGGCCUGUUCCAGGGACAGACCAGGUUCCGCUACAGGCAUUGUAGGCAGAUUGGACCGACACUGUAGCAACAGCUCUGGCCAGUCUGAGCCCGCCUGGCAAGUGUGGUGGCAUUGGACCAGGAGAGGUGCUGGAGGCGGCCCACACAGCUGCUCAGGGGCCCUGUGACCAGGGCCAUCCGUCAGGGAGGCACAUUCCCUGGCAAGACUUGGACACCGCUGAGGGUGGAUUGAGGGGGUCCGGCGCGAUGCCUGCUGCAUUCCUUGUCACCAGGGGUCACUGCCCAGAGGUGUUCCCAGGAAGGGAGGAGACAGAGCCCCAAGCUGGCUGGCACCAGACACCAGGGCUCCCAGAGCCCCUUCUCCGGGUACUCAUUGUUGGCUCUACCUUCCCUCCUCGCCUGUCUUCCAUCUGGGGGUCCCAGAGCUGGGAGUGAGCCCCUCAGAGCUGGAGAGCAGAGAAGGAGCCCCAACCCAGGCUGAUGAGGCCGGCAUUCCCAGGACCCUGGAGGCCUAGUGCAGCCCCCACCUCAUCUUUCCCUGGCCCCUGCGGCCGCACAACUGCCUCCAGGCCCCCACGGCCCACAGGUAUCUUCCAGUCCUCCCUCCCCCAACCAGAUUCGUCCUGCUGGCCCAGGAGGAGGCGGCGGAGUUGAGGGGCCUGGACAGCCCACACGGAGGAGGGCUGGGGAGCCGAGUGUCUGGAGCAACCCAUAUGGUCCGAAGUGUUCAGAAAACUCUGUCUGCCUGCUUCCUGUUCUUUUCAUUUCAAUUAAGUCGGCCCCUGGGGCACCUCACCAGAGACCCCCUACAGCAGUUACACAACAUAGCGGGCUCAAUGGGAGCCCAAACUUAAACGUCUGAAGGUAGGGCUAGGGGCCCAACCAGGCCGGCCUCUGUGGGUGAGGGGCUCCGGCAGUGGGAGCCAGGCCGGGCACAGCCACACACAGCUUGGUGGGGACAAACUGACUGUCCACGUCCUCUUCUUUUUAUCUCACGCUAUGUUUUAAUUCUCCCAAAAGGGCCGGGCUGUCUUCCUCCGUGCUGGGCGGGGUCCUGGCAGCCACCCUCCCACACCCCCCAUCUCUCUGUUCGAGGCCCCGUGGGUUCUGUGUCAUGGAAUAAAGCUGCCAUUCGCCAA